AUGGGUUCAAUAGGUGAACGACAGUAUCCGCUUAAGAAGCCAGCAGGACAUAAACCUCCGGUACCAAGGUGGACAUUGAAGCUUCCUGAGGAUGUCUCGCACAUCUACACUCUCUAUGUCGGCGUUCAGAGUCGCGAUGGGAAAGACGCUUCCGAAGUCGAGAAGACCAUCGAGCAAGGACUGAACGAUGGUACCGACAAGCCAGCAGCGAUCGACACAUUCCGGGUCACUGACGGCUUUGACUUACGAGACUCAAGAGUCUGGGUAGCAUACUAUACAUCUGCCGACAACUUCCGGUCCAAGGUCCAAAGUCUUGGCUUACAUGACCUGUGGCGAAGUCUCAAUGCCACCAAGAAGUUGAUCGGUCUAUGGAGCGAACACUUCACAACACCAGUAGACCGCCUGGAAACCAACUACGCCCGCCUUGACCAUAAACCCGGCCUCGCCCAACUCCCCAACACCGAACAGCCCAGCCACGAACUAACAGCCUACUGGGGUGCCGGCCGCGAUCGCAUCCCAGCCUCCUCACACGACCUCUUCAAGAUACCCUCGCAGACACCGGCGCCACAAGCGCCACCCAAAGGCCUAGGCGAGCAUAUCAUAGGCUCGAACUAUGACAACAUGUGCCACAUCCGCAGCGGCCAAUGGUGGGAGGAAUGCCUCGACGAAGAACGUCUAGCCUAUGAAGACGACCUGCAAAAGACCCUCAUGAAAGGGAUGAACUACCUCUGGUCGAACCCAGAAGAGACCGGUACCAUCGGGCUCCGCUUCCUCCAAAAUCUCGAUGCAAACGGCAAGCCGAUGAAAGAGACAUGCGGCGCAGGUUUCCACCGUAACUGGGCGGAUUUGGAACGCUGGUCUAGCCGCCACCCUUCGCACUUGGCGAUUUUCAAUGGUGCUAUGAAGCAUGCGAAGAGGUUUGGCGAGGACAGGAAAUUCAUGACGUGGCACGAGGUUUCGAUUUUGAAGCAGGGGGAGGCCAGCUUCGAGUAUAUCAACUGUACGCCCGAGACCGGCGUGAUUAGGUGGGUUGAUCUGGAGAGGAGGGAAUUGGAUAUGUAG